UUCCAUGUUGACGAUAAGAUCCGUUCGGGAAUCUGAGACGCGCCCCGCAACGAACGAUGUUGUUCUUGUAAAUAAGACCGCCGUCAUCCCAAAUCAAAACGUGCACGCUGCAAAAAAAAAAAAAAAACGAAAAAAAAAACGGGGAUGCUUCAAACCACACACAACGGAGAUGCAUUUUCUGCACGCGAAUUCACAAUCGCAUUAUUUUCAUUGGGAAAAACCUCCGAUUUUAGUUUGGAGGCGUCAAUUCAUAAGACGGCGAUACAGAAACAACCCGGAGGAUGUGGACACUUUUUUUUUUUGCAGCGGGGCUGCGGCUGGUACGACACUGAGUAGAGAGAGGGAGUGCGGGAGGGUGGGGGGUGGGAGGUGAUUGUGUGGUGGGGGGGUUGGUCCAGGGGAGAAUGGCUGCAAAAUCCGAAGCGCACACUUGGUCUGGUUGCAAACGCCGCCUCUCGCCCGCGCUCGAUCCGUGCGACACCGUCCGUGGACGUUCCAGCUCAGAGCCUGACUGCGUGUUGGUGAACGAUCGUGAGGACUAGUUUGUGGUGGUGGUGGGGGGGCUUUUUUUUCUCUUUUUCAAUUUGCAUCCACGCGUUGAGCCGUUUGCCGCUUUUUAGCGGUCGUCGCUCUCGUCAGGAACAUCGGCGAGAGAUUCUCAGCUCAGAAGAUUCCAGCGACGAUGGCAGCAUAAGGACUCGAUUUCCCAUUUUUUUUCUCUCUCUCGAUCCAAGUGGCGCAUUUCACGCCAUAUUCUGCCCUCACAAGCGCGCGCCUCCUCUCAGGGAUUUUUUGCAGCGCAAAUUGGACAAACUGAGUUGAGUUGAGUUGAUGGAAACUGCCUUUCUCCUUUAAAUUUACUUUCUGUUACUUUUGCUGAAGAAGAAGAAAAAAAAAAGGUCCAGAGGACAAUUUGAUCAGACUUAUGAAGUAACUUCAGGGGCUCGACGAACUUGACUUGCAACCACAUCGGUCAGAGAAGCUUAAAAUCAAAGCUGGAGUGGCGUCGCUUUGGCUUGGUCGCAAACAUGCCGCAGGUGGAAAUGCAGUUUUUUCUCGUCCUGGUCGUCGUCGUCGGGGUGUGCGCUCAGGAUCCGGCUUCCAAAGUGGUGUCCGACCGCUACGCCGUCUUCUGGAACCGCACCAACCCCAAGUUUUACCGGGGGGAUUACCACAUUGACGUCUGCAUCAACGACUACCUCGACGUCUACUGUCCACAUUACAUCAGCCCGCUGUCGGAUGAGCGGGCCGAGCGCUACGUGCUUUACAUGGUGAACUAUGAUGGCUACAGCUCAUGCGACCACACCGCCAAAGGCUUCAAGCGCUGGGAAUGCAACAGGCCUUUGUCUUCAAACGGACCGCUCAAGUUUUCCGAAAAGUUCCAGCUCUUUACACCCUUCUCGUUGGGCUUUGAGUUCCGCCCCGGGAGAGAGUACUACUACAUCUCUUCCCUCACGGACGCCAAAGGAAGAAGGAGCUGCCUUCGCCUCAAAGUCUUUGUUCGGCCACAAAACAAUUGCGUGCGAAACUCUGGCGGCGUACAGGAAGGGCUCGACUUUGACGAAAGCAGUCACAACAGUCUCGAACCCAGAGAUGACAUCAGUCACGAGUCACCGGAGCCUUCUCGGAGGGACGUGAGCUCGGCCGCCCCGUGCUGCAAUUCGCCGCUCCUGCUGUGCUCUGCCCUCGUCCUCCUGGCAGCCAUCAUGUCGUCAUAGCGCCCGUUCUGAGGAAAGGGAAUUGACUAUCCUGAUUGGACUUACAGGCUACCCAACCCUUCAACCCCUCCCCGUUAUUGAGCACUUUUAUAUUACAUUAAAAAAAAAAACAAGAUAAA